CUUAACCAAUCCUGGAGGCUAUGAAAUCAGCAGUCAUGAGUUUUUCUUAGUUUGGGUUCUGAUAGAGGGGGCUUCAUAGUCACAGCGAUCAGGUGGAAAAGAUGAACGCUAUGAACACAUUUAGGUUCAUGAUGAAAUUUGGAGCUUACUUCAUCCUCCUCACCUCCGCAGUUCAAGCAGGCCUUUUGAGAAAGGGACAAACGUGUCCGCAAGUUUGCGAUGCCUCUCAGUGCCCUGUCGCGCCGCACGACUGUUACUACGGACAGGCCAAGGACGCGUGCGGCUGCUGCGUGGUGUGCGCGGCCGGAGAGGGGGAAAUCUGCGGGGAGCGGAGCGCCGGUGGCCUCGUCUGCGGGGACGGGCUGCGGUGCGACUCUGUCUCGGGGGGUAGGCUCACCAGCGCCUGCGUGUGCGCGUCCUCUGGGCCCGUGUGCGGGAGCGACGGCAGGACUUAUCCGAGCAUCUGCCGCCUCAGAGCCGAGAACAGGAGGGCCGAGUUAGAAGAGACCCCCUCGGUCAUUAUGAUCCAGAGAGGACAGUGUGAUUCUGAAAUGAAGCAUCCAGAAAGUAUGCGCUACAAGUUUAACUUUAUUGCAGACGUAGUGGAUAAGAUUGUCCCAGCUGUGGUGCACCUGGAGCUUUUCCAAAGAGUGCCAUUUACCGGCCAGGAGGUCUCUGUGUCAAGUGGUUCUGGGUUUGUGGUGUCCGAGGAUGGCUGGAUUGUCACCAAUGCCCACGUACUCACUAAUAAGCAGCGGAUAAAAGUUGAGCUGAAAAGCGGCGUGCACUACGAUGCAGUGGUCAAGGACGUGGAUCAGAAGACGGACAUCGCCCUCAUCAAAAUUGAGCCAGAUGGUCCCCUACCUGUGCUGCAUCUCGGCCAGUCCUCAGAUUUGCGUCCAGGUGAAUUUGUGGUAGCGGUGGGAAGCCCUUUUUCUCUGCAGAACACUGUCACCACCGGCAUCAUCAGCACGGCCCACCGCAACGGCCUGGAGCUGGGCUUCACUGACGCAGACAUGGACUACAUCCAAACUGACGCCAUCAUAAAUUAUGGCAACUCUGGUGGGCCGCUUGUCAACUUGGAUGGAGAUGUUAUUGGCAUAAAUACUUUGAAGGUGACAGCAGGGAUUUCUUUUGCUAUCCCUGUGGACAGGGUUCGACAGUUUCUCGCUGAUUCCUACAACAGACAAGUCAGUGGAAAUGCAGCACAAAAAAAGAAAUUAAUAGGCAUCCGGAUGCUGCAGCUCACGCCAUCUUUGAUCCAAGAUCUCAAGAAACGUAAUGACAAAUUUCCAGAUGUGAGCUCAGGGGUUUAUAUCUACGAGGUAAUGUCUGGAACAGCUGCAUCCAGCGCUGGCAUGGUCGAUCACGACGUCAUCAUCGCCGUCAACGGGCGGCCCGUCCACAGCACGAAGGAAGUGAGCGACGCCGUCCAAAGUGCCACCGUACUAUCCGUGGUAGUGAGACGAAAGGAUGCGGACGUCACACUGACUAUCGUUCCCCAAGAGACUGACUGACACCACUGCAUACAAGGAGUCUGGUUACAGUCAAAACAUUUAAAACCAAAACAGCCGAAAGCAAAUGCAGAUUAAUGUCUAUUCCCACCCACCACUGGGAGUUGAUUUAUUGUGAUAAACAGCUUGUUCAGGGAUCUGGAUGCCAUUAAUCCGCUCCAUUAGAACUAAAGCCGUGUCAGAUAUGUGACCCAUGGCAGAUUUACCUUGAGAAGAGUAGCCCUUUGCCCCUGACUUCUCACACAUCUGAUGUUUUGGCUAGUAUUUUUUGUCUAAAAAGAGCCAAAUAACCAGUGGAAAUCACAUGCACAUUCAGCCUGUAUCGGUGAAAGGAAAAUCUGUUUAAAUAUAUUUAGUUUUCAAGAAGUUUCUUUCAUGUGCAAAUUGACAAUAUGCAGAAGGGAGUAAACAGCACGUCAGUCAUUUAAGAAAAUACAUCACACGACAGUGUAAUAGUUCUGCAAAAGUGAGUGGCAUCGGGUAAUGUUUCGGAGUAGUAAGCCGUGUAGACGGCACAUGUCAUGUCUCUCUGCAUGAAAGAUGUUUUCCUCUCUGCAGCUGCCUUUAUACACAUCUGUUCAAAGAUGCUUAAUAUGCAAAUGUUUACACCCAUGUCAGAGGCAAGAAGACGUGUCCCGUUCCCACUGACAAAGGCAACCAGCCACAAUUGCAAACACGCCCCAUUGUUCAUAAAUCACAGCACUUGACUGGCCAGCUGCACCUGAACACAUCCUAUUUUUACAUCCUAUUUUUAUGGAAAACAGUUAGAAGGAAAUGAAGGAAAUGAAUAACUGAAGUAAAGUUUGACAUAACAGGUGUGCACAUCGGCCAAAUCAACAAAUUUCCUUUUCAUCCAGGAAAACAGGUUAAAGGGUUGAUUCACAUAAAUUCUUGCAGAGAGCGUUGGUUUUAUUGCGCGUGGUGUGUUCAAAGUCAGAUUCGGCAAACUAUCUUAAGAGUACUUGAGUGUAACAAAUUAACAAAUUUAGCAGCAUUGCUACUGUUAGAGGGGGCUGUUAGGGGGUGGAAACAGUUUGAAAGCAAUAACUAUUUAAUAGUCCUCAAGCAGAGCAGCUGCCAGAGACUGCUGCAGAGCAAAACUGUAUUAUUAUAAUUUUAUUUAACUUCAUGCACUACAUUUAAACCAAAUCCCUAUAAAUUAACACACAAUGAUUGACUUGCACAACAAGUCCAAUCCAAGUGGAAGGUCCUAUUGGAAAAAUCUGAUUCUGAAAAAGCUCAGUAUGAGAAAACCAAUGAAUUACAUACUUUCUCAACAUCCUCCCAGUGGAAAAUACAAACCUGUGGUACGAGGUUUAAUUGCAUGAGGCCCAUUGAUUUUAGGAAGAAGUUCCUUCUGCGUUUUAUUUUCUGCUCACUUUCAUUAAUUGUCUUGGGAUUGGACACAGAGAUCUCACAGAUAUGUCCAAGUGAUAAGUCAUAGCUAGACAUAAUUAGAGUCAGGUAAAAAUAAGAUUUCUCCGUGUUGCCGCAUCCUCUGCGUGGUUAAAAUAUUAAGUGCAGUAAGACUUUAGCAAAUUUCACUGGUGAACUAUUGAUUAAAAAUCAUGAGCUGAAUGUGAGCGCAAAAAUCUUUCUGGUAAACACCUGGAUGCACAUUCACAGUCUAGUUAGACUGGAUGACUAGAAGAGUUAAAUACUGUAUGUUUAUAUCGAUAAAACUUGAAAAUUCACAGAGGUUUUCUUUAAAUAUACAGCCAUGAUUACUAGGAAAGCAGUAUUGGUAUGAGGAGCGUACUCUCCUCAUGAACUCAUGCAAAUUAAAGAAUGAUACUGGGCCAAACAUUCGACUCCAGCAGCAGGCUGUCAAGUUCAGACAGAUUCUAUUUGUGUACUUUUAAGUUACAUGCAAAUGAACAUGUACCAGUACACAGACACUCUAAAGCUCAAUGAGCUACUAUAGUCAGACCAAAGAGGAUUGAAAAGGAGCUGAACGGGUUGUAUCACUGUAUACUUACUGUAUUUACUAUGGAAAUGACACUUACAAACGGUGCCAUGGCCAGUCUAAGCGUAUUGAUUCUCUGUACCUGUGUGUCAGUAUGUAAAUAGGGUUGCGUGUACUUUAUGUGUAGCUGAGUCUACAUGUAUUUCAUUAAUGUCGGUGGAUAUAUUUGUGCAACUGUAAUAAAACAGACAUACGGAUGAAA